AUGAAUAACGAAUCUUCGCACGCGUACGUGCCUCUCUCCGAGGACAUUUUUAAUAACGGCGACGUUACAACUUUCGAAGAAGAAGAAGAAGAACACGAAGACCAAGAACGACGAGAAGUCAUCUCGGAAAACCUGCAACGAGCGACGGUGGCAAACAUCACCAUGAACACCUUGAAUUACAUGCUCGUGCCUCUUUCAAUGCCGGCAGUUUUUAAAGCCGCCGGUUGGAAAUUUGGGAUGGUUUGUUUCGUCUCAAGCACGGUGUGGAGUUAUUGGACGGGACGCGUCAUCGGGCAAGCGUACCUGAAACAUCCAGAUUUGAAAACGUAUCCGGAAAUGGCAGCAGAAGCGGUGACGAGAUUUAUCUUUAGUUUUGGUGGUGGUGGUGGUGAUGAUGAUGACAAUGGUGAUGCUGAUGGCGGUGGUGAUGACGACGACGACGACGAUGACGGAGCGGUUCGAUGGAGCCUCGGGGAGAGCGCCCGGCGCCGAGUUCGUCUGGGAGGAAAGAAAACGAAGAAGAGUAAGAAGACGAGAGCGAGAGACGCGACGAGGAAAGCAGUCCACGUGGUUCAAUUCCUCACUUUUUACUUGGACGCGGUCUGUCAACUCGUCUACUUGGCGCAAUAUUUAGCGAUGCUGACGAAAGCGAUGAAAGUGAGAGGUUUCUAUGGCGUCGGAUGGUGCCAAUCGUUUUCGUUGCUCAUAGUUUCGAUUUUAUUAUUACCCGUCGUCCAAUUGCCGACGUUUCACGACAGCGCGAAGUUCGUGUAUUUUGCCAUCGGGACGUUGACGCUAAGCGUAGGCGUAUUUACGUACGAGGUCUUGCACCGGACGCCGUGGAAGUCGUGCGCGAUUAAACCGCAGUUUCCCGCGGUGAGCGCGAGGAGCAAGUUUGUCUCUCUCGCAAAUUUCGCGUACGCCUACGGCGGGCACGGUCUGUAUCCAGAAGAAAUGAGCGAGAUGCAAGAACCGGAGAGAUGGCCGGAAGUGAUGAAUUGGUCGUAUUUUAUAUCAGCUCCCGUGUAUCUAUUCGUGGGUGCGCUUGGGUAUAGAAGUUACGGCGCUAGCACGGAGGCGGACAUCAAUCUCAACUUUCCGAACGACUUUGGCAACGCGUUAUCGAUUGCGUUUCAAUUCGGUCAGUGCUACUACGCCGUGUUUUUCUGCAACGUCGCGUUGUGUUCGCGAUUUGAAGUCAUGCUUGGCGUAGACCCGACGGAUUAUUUCAGCAAAAAACAUCCUCUCUUCAAAGUCACGGCGUUCACCUUCCGCCUCUUCUUCCGAGCAUUCUUCCUCUUGACGCAAACGCUCGUGGCAGCCAUUUUCUUAGCGAGUAAAGGCGACGUGUUGCUCGAUUUACAAGGCCUGGUGGGAUCGUUCGGCAUGGCGCUGAUGACAUUCCUUUUACCGUCUAUAAUGCGCUUAACGCUCGUCGAGGACGACGAAUUUCCGACGACGAAGAGGAGGAAUAGCAUCAACAACAGAAAAUGGCUCGAACCGUUCGUCUACCUCUCUCUCCUUCUCGGCUUUGUCGUCGUCCUCAGCGGCACGUACGGUUCGCUCGCGGAUUUGAGAUCGGAUAUCAACAUCGACAAAAGAAUGAUAGCGGACGCGUGUCAACCCGCGGUGACCACGGUCGUGGACGAGAGAGGGUGUCCUACCACGUCUUAA